UUGAAUGAAUUUCGCUCUCACAUAACACCGAUAGGUAAGGGACGAGAUGGACAGUGUCGAUAAAUUCUUUGGAGAGUCGCAUUACAAUAUUGUACGAGUUCUGUUAGGCGUCAACGGUCUAUGGCCCUAUCACACGACAGGCAGACGCUGCGGGAUAUAUUUCGCGCUUCUUCUCGUGCUCGGAUCUGGGAUGACAUUUGAGGUGCUGGGCAUAAUUGAAGUUUGGCCAGAUUCUUUAGAAGUGAUUGAUUGUUUGCCGAUGUUAGUUCUCGGCACGGUGUCAAUAACUAAAUUGGUUUGCGCGAUACACACAUUACCGGAGAUUAGGAUACUUUUGAUUAAAAUGCGACAGUAUUGGUGUUCGCCGAAGUCGGAUGAAGAGACUAAAAUUCUGCAUUCAUAUGCGUUAUAUGGAAGAAACUUAAGCUACGCUUAUGCAGGUAUCAUACUUAGUCACACUGUUGUUUUCGUAUUUACAACAUUGUUAAGUAAACUACUCCACGUGGAAUCCAACGAAGACGAUUCUUCAAGCAGUGCACAUGACGCACAAGUAGGAUUACCGUACCACGUCAAUUACAUGGUUGAUCCACAAACGUAUUACGUUCCAAUUUUUGUACACGUCGCCAUAUGCGUCGUAUCUUAUACAGUCUUGAUGCUCACAUUCGAUGUCUUGUAUAUGACACUUAUCCAGCAUUGCUGCGGCUUGUUUGCAGCUUUGAGAUAUCGUAUGGAAAAUGCGUUUGAAUUUGACGGCGAGGGAGACAAUUUGUCGAUGGCCGCGAGAGGCAAACUUUACUCAAAUAUCGUAUACAGUAUUCGACGGCACGCAGAUGCGAUACAAUUUGCCAUUGUCACCGAGUCAAUACACAGAAUACCGCUUUUCAUACACGUCGGAGCUAACAUAUCAGUCCUGAGUAUCUUAGGAUUCCAGGUGAUAAUGAAUACAGAAGACGUCAAUCACUUGUUGAAAUACGCUAGUUAUCUGAGCGCGCUUCUACUCAACACAUUCUUUGAAAAUUGGCAAGGUCAGAAAAUGAUAGAUUCCAGCGAAAAGGUGUACGAAUCCGCAUACAAUGCUGAAUGGUACAAGAUGCCAACGGCGCAAAGAAAACUUUUUAUGAUGGUCAUGAUGAGAAGCAGAAAACCUUUGACAAUAACCGCGGGUAAUUUUGUUAAUCUGUCGUAUGUAAAUUUUAAUGCGGUAUUACGUGCGUCAAUGUCGUAUUUUAUGCUGCUACGAUCCACACAAUAAAAAUUCCAAACGUAAUAAAUAAUUAUAUAGAACAUAUCAAGAUAUUGACAUUCAUACUUAUUAAUGAUUAAUUAAGUCGCUUAAAGGCAUAGAUAUUUUUUGGCUAUAACGUAUAAGCUGUAACCUUCCAAACGAAUUUUCUGUAACGUGAUUAAAUAAAAUUAUAGAAGAGUUAUCUUAUGAAUUGUAUAGUCAUCAAACCUUAGAGUUUACAAGCUAGAUAAAUAGUGCGAUUAAUAAAAGUAACAAUAAACAGAAUA